AUGGGCAUGGCGGUCCGUGUGCCACCUCUCAGCCUGUGGCCCCUCAGGAGGAGACAUUGCCGGACCCCGGGCGUGCGGGGGCUGGGCAACCUCUCGGACCUCCUGGACAAACUCCAGGAAAGCCAUCGGCAGGAUGUCUUCCUCUACACCUCCGGACACCUGAACCCCAGCAAGCUCUACAGGCCCCCCGAGACGAUCUUGCACCACUGGCGCAACGCCAGCAGGCCGAAGCCGGAGAGAGCCCCGCGAGUGGGGGACCCGGCUGGUCAGAGGGUCGCCAAGAUGAAGGACGCCCUGGCCGACUUCACCAUCGGCACGGCGCUGCGUCCCCGGGACUCCGGGAGCACCCAGCUGUUCCGGUACCUGAACCCGGCGGCCAGCGCUUCCCGCACGUCGGAGGAGGACGUCCUUCCCCAGCUGAGACGGGGGCCCGAGGGCCCUCUGCCCAGGAGGGAAGAGCUCCGGUGGCCGGAGCUGACGGUGCUGAAACGCAGGCCCGUGCACUCCAGCCGCCAGUGCGCGCGGUGGCCCCCGGGCCCCGACCAGUACCGCCGCGUCCGCUCCCACCUGGGCGGCGUCACCAAAGCCGACAAGUACAGGACGUUCCUGUGUUUCCAGAGAGAAGUGCUUGGGACGCAGGACCUCCUGGAGAAUGACUUCACGGGGGCCAAGGCCGCCGCACGCCACCAGCGGAAGCUGGAGCAGGAGCUCCAGAAAGUGUGUGUGUGCGACCCCCGCGAGCUCAGCAGGCUGCAGGUCUUCAGCCAGAUCUUCGGAGACAUUUGCAACAGCUCUUUGAUAUUUGGCGAUAUCCUGAAAGAAAUUAAGGAUGAAUACGAGUUCUACAUGGCCAUCCUCCUGAACUCCCAGCCCACGGAGCAGUACAAGACUUUGCUGGCUCACGUCACUGGGCUGGAGAGGAGCUCCGUGAAGACAGCCGACGUCCAGCAGGCCCGGGAGGAGCUGAGGGCGCUCGUGAAGGCCACCCGAGCAGCCCUGGAGCACAAUGACAGACUCAGAGGUGACUUGGAGGAGGAGCAGGAGCUGCUGCGGUGUGCGCAGGAGAAGUCAGAAUCAUCUGAGAAAUGUGUAAAGGAGGAGAACCUUACUCUUACUGACAAUAUUGAAAGGAAGAGGUGUGAAAUACUGAUAAAAUUGGAUGAAAUUCAAGCUCUUGAAAGAGAAAUUAAAACAGCUUUGGUUCAUACUGGAAUUUUACGUAUCACUGAGAACAGCAUUACAAGUAUAGAGACUGAAGCUUUAAAAUUGGAAAGAGAUAAUACUAUUUUAAAGAGAAAAAUAAAUAAUAUUGAAAAGCAGGUGAAGCAGUUCAUGGGGAAGAGUAAGAUGAGCGGGGAGGAGCGGCGGCUUCACCGGCCCCUGACCUGGACAGGCCUCUCCCCUCCUUCCCUGGCUGUCACCGGUGCGUCAUCCGCCUGGGUGGCCCUCGGCGGCUCCUCCUCUCAGGCCCUGUUCACCGUGGACCUGGAGCGGCCUCCUCAGCACGGCCUGGAGAACCCUACUGACUUCUUUGAACGUUGGCACCGUUGCUGGUGUUCCUCGCGCCUGGGGAAGCGCAGCACCCUGUCCCCUGUCCGCUCGCACGAGGUGCCCUGCUCACAGCGCACAGAGACCUUCCGCAGCUGGGCCCGUGCCAGCCGCCAGGCGCAGUGCGCGCUCGUGCGGAAGACUCCGCGGCGCCCCCUCCUUCCACACAGGGCCUUCACCGUGUCCCCCUACCUGCACAUCAAGGGUUUCAGCCGAGCUCUUCAACCUUCUGGUCAAGGACCAGGAAGGCCCCAGAGACACCAACACGGGGACUGCAGAGGGCUGGCACCACAGGACUGGUGGUGUGGCGGGCAGUCAGACAAGCAGACCUGUCCAGCUGUGAGGUGUGACGUGGGUGAUGUUACCAAACCUGAGACCUUCAUGCAGCAGGCUGAACCCAGUAGCCGUGUGCAAAUCAAGGUGUUCAUUGUGUCCCCAUUGGCGUGA